GAACUCACCCACGAGGCCAUUAGAAAGGCUGCCAAAGCUGUAGGUUCAACAUGCGAAGAUCGAUUUGAGUUGCUUUUCAACCCAGACAUUUGUCAGAAAUUCGUCAAAUUUUGUGAAUCUGAGACUGAAGCUUUGAAAGCUGAUCAAGCGCUGGUAUGUGGCGCAUGCGAUUUUCUGGUAACAAAACAAAUUCCGAAUCUCGUGAAGGAUUGCCUCAGUCUCUGUGUCACACCGCAAGAUGGUCGUGCCCUGGUCGAAAUCUUACAUCAACGGGGUAUCAACGUGCGCUAUCUGAAUCGCGUGAUCGAGUGUUUGAAUCAGAAACCGUCUCUUUUAUAUCUCAAAAGAAUAGCAGUCAUAGAAAUUUUGAUUCGUUCGGCAAAGCAUGUUUUCAAACAAUAUUUACAAGAAGUUGAUCCGAUGCUACUUUCUGUUGGAGUGGCGCAUUUCCUCAACUGUCUGCUCACCAAUUGCUCCAAUCUGAACCCCUUGACUGGUGUAGAUGAGCAAGUCCUCAAGUUGAAUAAAAACAAGAAAGGGAAGAAAAAACCGAAGAAUCUUCGAGAAUCUCCGGGGGUACAACGUUUGCAGAUCCUUCGUUCAUUCUGUUCAAUGGUUGGUAUCCAACUGUUAUUGCGCGAUUACCAGCUAACUCCACCGAAUGGGGCCAAGCAUCACACUAAACCGGUAUUCCAAACCGAGGAUAUCAUAUCACUGUACCCGGUUGUCAAACAUUUGCAUCCGCACGCUACCGACGCCUAUCAUUACUUCACCACCGGUCAAGCACGCAUUUCUGCUGGUCAUUUACAGGAGGGUUUCGAGUUGAUCAACGAAUCACUCAGCCUGUUGACCGGGGUCUACGGUCCCCUACACCCUGAUAUUGGCGCGUGCAAUCGCCUCUUAGCCCGUUUGUCGUACGUCAUGGGGGAACAUCAGGCUGCACUGUUGUUCCAGCAUCGUGCAACAAUGAUCAGUGAGCGCGUACAUGGUGUGGACAAUCCAAAUACAACAACGGAAUAUGUGAGUUACUGGCACGACCUGAUGUAA